CUACCGGCUUGGGAACAGGCACGGAGUUGGCGCCGGAGAUACGAAGAGAGAGGCUUGGGAUCAAAGCUCCAGGGUUUCAAAGCGGUGAUCGAUGGGGACUAGGGUUCCGGUCCCGCAUUACCACCACCUGAGGCCGUCGAAUUCCUUCAUCGAGAGCUCGCUGCACGAUCUCAACACUGUCGAUGGACGAAACGGGGAGAUUGAGGGGAUCAGUGAUGUGGAUCGCGAUGCAGUUACUGAGGAUAGCUUGGAUAAUGACGACGAGUGCAAUUCGGUGGACUGCAUACAUGAUUCAUAUCGAAAUUCAUUACCCCUCCAUGAUGCCGGAGUAGAUGAAGAACGUGCUGCGCUUGAGAACAGUGGCAGGUCACCCUGUGCACCUUACAGUAUAUUGUCAAUUGAUGAUGUUUUGCCAAUUGAAAGUGCAAGAGCAAGAUUCUUACAAAUAAUAGUUGAUAAUUUCAUCAACGAACAUGUUGUUGCAGUGGAAGACACUCCGGACGUUAGCUAUAAUCAUGGACAUGAUAAAUUAAACAAAAGAAAGCCACGAGAUGUUCAGUGUGAAGGUGACCCAAGGUUUGUUUUGCCCUUGAUGUAUGUGGCAAAUUUGUACGAGACUUUAGUUAAUGAUGUGAAUGUGCGACUUUCUUCCUUGAAUGGAAUUCGGGAGAAGACAAUUGGGGUAGCUCUUGAAGCAGCUGGUGGUUUGUAUAGGAGGCUAGCAAGAAAGUUUCCAAGGAAAGGACCUUGUAGCUUUAAGAGAAGGGAACUAGCAACCUCUCUUGAAACACGCACAAGAUUUCCAGAGCUAGUAGUACAUGAAGAGAAACGUGUUCGCUUUGUAGUAGUCAAUGGUUUGGUGAUUAUUGAGAAGCCGGACAGCAUGAAUAUGGAGGAUGCAGAAUGGUUCAAGCGGUUAACUGGCCGGCCUGAGGUGUCUAUUUCUGCAAGGGAUUAUAAAUUUUAUUCCCCGCGUCACAAGUAUAGGCGGGUUUCAUCACAAUCCGUCUCUAACAUCCCUGGGCUUGCAGGAUUUUCAGCUGCUGAUAGCUCGUCUCCAUUAGCAAGUCCUACAGGAUUCCGUCCUCUCAGUGAGCCACAAAAUCAGCAGCAGCCUCCGCCAAAACAUCAUAUUCAACAGCUUACUCAGCAACCUCAGUUUCAUGCUGUCCACCAAACACAUAACCAAUGCAUGCAACAAACUCAACAAGCUACACAGUUUCCACAAAUGCAUCCAUGUACGCAUCCUUCUCAUUUACAAGAGAUUCCUCAUCAACAUCAGUCACCAACUAUGUCACAGCAUAUGGCCUGCAUGCAAUCCGUUUCUGGAGGCCUUGUUGGAGGGCGCUUGCAUUUGCUUCUCACAACUCCUGCCAAGUUUUGUGAUGAAUGUGGUGCACCUUACCUCAGGGAGACAUCCAAAUUCUGCUCCGAAUGUGGUACUAAAAGGUUAGGGACUUGAGAAGAUGUAUGAAAUGCUGGUUGAAUCCUUCUGUAAAUUAUUGGAGAACAUGAAAACACACAUUUUCCCUUUUUUUUCUUUUCUUUCUGUAAACUAUUGUAAUGCCAGAUAUUUGUUCAUCCACCUCUUGAAAGGAAAUUAAUGCUGACCAAAAGCAGUGCAGCACUAUUUUUUUUAUUUAAA